AUGCUCGGGGCAUGGCUCUUGCUGGUUCUGUGCUCUAGUCUAGGGGAUGUUUUGCCUAUGGGCUGCGUUGGGGAUGGGGAGCCCCGCUGCAGGCUCUGGUCACCCUUCCAAAGGGCUCUGUGCCCACCCUGGGGCCCGGUGGGGGACGUGCCCUGCCCUGCACCCUGGCUGGGUCUGUGUGUAUGAUGGGCAUGUGGUGGCAUUGCCUAGUCAUGUUACAGUGGGUGCUCCGCCCUGCCCACUGGGCCUGGCCCAGCCAGCUCGGGGUGUCUUUGUCUAAUGCACGUCUUGUGGGCAUCUCUGCCAGUGGCAGGGGAAGCCCCAAUGCAUGCUGGGUACACUCUGUGUGCCAGGGCUGGGGGGCAUUCAAACAGACGAGGCACCUCAGAGCAGUGUGGACGCACAGGGUCAGACUGCGCCAGAGGGUGCCAGGGAGGAGGAACAAAAUGGGGCAGGAGCGGGGCAGCUGGAGAGCAAAGGGACUUGCAUGGCCCAUAAUGCACCUCAGCCAACUCGGCACACCCUCCAGCGGCCCACCACGGAGAUGCUGUGCCCCGGGCUGGGGCCUUGUCCUCCCCCAGACCCGUCUCCUGUUGACGCCUGCUCCGGGAGAGAGCACCUGCCACGGCGCCAGGCCAUCCCCCACUCUGGUCUCAGGAUGAGGAGCUUGGUGCUAACGUCUCUGCUGCUGGCCGUGACUCCUGGCUGGGCUGCGCCCAAGGACAGUGUCAACAGGUUUGAGGGCCCUGCUGCGGAGCCUAUUCCCAACCUUCUGCACCCCGAGCCGGAGGAGCUGCGGCUGCUGCAGAGCUACCUGCAAAGCGUCCGGCAGAUGGCACAGGACCCCGCUCACAUGACGAGAGAGCAGGUGCUGCUCUACCUCUUCGCGCUGCACGACUACGACAGGACUGGGCAGCUGGACGGGCUGGAGUUCAUGCAGCUGCUGCUGGAGGUGAUAUCCCAGCACGCCCAGGGGCAGCCCUCUCCCGAGGCGGUGGUCGUGGUGGUAGACGGGAUCCUGGAGACUCAGGACCUGAACAGGGACGGGUUACUGAACCCCUCAGAGCUCCUGCUGCCCCCAGCCCAGGGCCAGCCUCCCCUGCCAGCCCAGACUGAGGCCCCCGAUGGAGAAGGGGUUGUGCAGUGGGCAGGUGAGGAGCCAGAGCAACCUGCCACAGCCCUAGCGCUCGCAGGCGCCCAGGGGGUAGCAGACCCUGGUGUGGAGCUCCCAGAGGCAGCAGGGCCCUUAGCCGAGGAGCCGGAGGCUGGGGGUCUCUUGCUGAGCCGGACGGGGCCAGAGGUGGCUCAGCCCAAAGAGGAACCUGCCAAGGAGGCUCCAGGGGCCCCGGCCGGGGCCCCCAAUGCAGAGAUCUAGGCCCCCAGCCUAGAUCCACGGCAAGCUCAGGGCACUGCUGGGGCAGAUCAGAGCUGGCAUGGGGAAUGCAGGUGCAGGGGCUGCUGUGCAUGGAGAAAUUGAGGUGGUGGAGGGGAAACAUCUGCCAGGGACCACCACCCCCACACACCCUGCAUCUGGUUGUGAGUGGUGCUGGGGGUGUGUGUGUGUGUGGUGAGGGCUGCCUCCCUCCCCACCCCUGGGGAAAGCAGCUGCGCUCAGCCCUGCCUAGCCCGUCCUGGGCCCCAGGGGGGCAAUUCCUGUGAGGAGUAUGUGAGAUGCCCCCUCGGGACAAGGGGCCGCAGGUACCUGACCCCUAACUGGGCUGGGGGGGCCCAGGAGCCACCCUGGGAGCUGCAGGCACAGCAUCAAAGUAGGGGUACCCUCACCAGCUCUGAACUGUCCCCCCACUUGGCCCCCAAGAGGGGCUGAAGCUGGCUGCCUGGACAGAGGGGCUGGGGGGGGUGGAGUGGGACAUGUGCAAUCGAUCAUGUAACUUACACUUUGAAAGAGAAAAAUAUACAUUGAGCCCCAGG